AUGACAGACACCGAAGUUAAUGACUUCUUAGAGGUCAUUGAUCACGAUAUGGCUCAAAUGGCCUUAGAUGACAAAGUGAUCCAGAAUAAACAGGAAGCAAAAGAUGACAAUGAGGUACAUGUUGUCUCGCGCAUGCAUUCUUGCAGAAACUGUCACCUGCUAUGUCCUGAUCACAAUGAAGUGUGUGCAGCCUGCCGGGCCAUCAUGAAUGACGAUAUUGAGGAACCUUAA